UAGCCCUCCACCUUGUCGAUAAGGAUGGCCUAUAAAAGCAUCCUGCAAACUCGGGUCCACCAUUAGUCUCUUGGUUCACUCAGUUCCGACUAGAAACCAGCAAUAUGCAGUGUUCGACUCUCGCUCUGACGUUCGUCUUCACCCUGGCUCUCGGCGCGUGUCGAAGCUCUCCGAUGCCCUCGCAACCAGGUGCUCCCAGCCCCGUAUCCGUGAACGAAUUGAUAACCAAGGCUCAAACCGACAUCGCGAAGCUUGGUACCGACCUCCACGAGGUCCUGAUUCGCCCCAACUAUGACGCCGUUGUCAAAGCUCUGAAGGAGCGCAGCUCGGUCUUCGUCACCAACGUCCAGAGCUACAUCGAACAGAUGACCAAGGAUACACUGCUGUUGAACUUGGAACUGUUUCUCGAAACUCUGGUCCAAUUUGUACACAGAAUGAGGAUCGGGGGUCCUGACAUGGGAAAGAUGUGGGACGAUUUCAGUAACAAACUGACCAAGGCAACGGACAACAUUUCAGUUUAUAUGCCAGCAAACAAUGGUGAAAUUUCUCAACUUGUGUCCAAAUUCCUGGGAGGAUCAGGUGCUACAGUGAAACAGUCGGAAUCGACUACGGAGACCACCAACGGGGCAGUCGAUCUAACCUAUAAAAAUAUUCCGAAACUGCCGAAGAAGGUGGUUGAGAUUACGGCCGGGGCCGCCAAAGACCUCAAAUCAGAGAUUAAAGACAAAACUUUGAAGUUCACAUUGUAGAUUAGAAGUUAUACGACGAUUUUCAAUCCGAAAUCUCGUGGAAAAUGAAUGCAGAAAAUCACAAAGCGUAUAUCAUAGAGUCCCAAGUUAACCCUCGAACAAAUGGAAUACCGUCUGAUUCUGAUCUGUAAUAAAAGUUUUUGCAGCUAUGAUUAUCAAUCAAUUUUCACGAGU